AUGACGACAAGCAACUCCGAUGCCGGCGACUUAACAGAUGGCUUAGCGAUGAUACCAGACACAGAGUCCGAACCCGGCUUUGCGGUGGGUUUAACAACCACCGACCAACAACAAUGGACCCCGAUCGUGGACGCUUCCAUUCAGCCAACGUGGGGGCGUCUAUUUAAAACACUCAACGAAGGUAUCCAAUGCUAUAUCAACUACGCUAGAAUCAGCGGAUUUGAUGUCCGCCACAAUUCCGUGAAGCGCGACCGAGGCGGAGAAAUCUACUCGCGCUAUUUGGUGUGUAGUCUGCAAGGGGUGAAAGGCGGUGGUAAUAAACCUCGUGGUUAUGAACAAACACUAGGUGGCAAAGAGCGGUGGGAGCGGUGUCGUCGUCUUUCUAAUAGAGUUAACUGCGGCGCGAGGAUCGGCUUUACGAAAAAAAGCUCUGGGGAGUUCAAAGUGUCCGUUUUGGUUGAGGAACAGACCCACAAGCUGUGCUCGGAGUCGUCUAAAGUUUUUAUGCGAAUAAACCGACAACUUGAUGUGGUCCAACAAGUUUUUUUAAGUAACUGUGUUAAGGCUAACAUCGGUGCUUCAACAGGAUUGCGGUUUUGCAAAGAGGCGACCGGAUCGUAUGCAAAUAUCGGUGCAACCGACGUUGAAUUCCACAAUUUUAAACGGGACGUCCAAACAUACGUUGAUGUAGCUGAUGGCGAAAUGAUUAUUGCAACAUUCAAGGCGAAGCACGAAGUCUGUAGUGACUUCUUCUUUGAAUACGAUUUGGAUGAAGAAAACCCGGUAUCGCGACUAUUCUGGGCUGAUCCCCUCAGUAGGCGGAAAUUUUCUUGCUAUGGCGAUCAUAUUUCGUUCGAUGCAACCUACGGCGCAAACAGGUAUAGUAUGGUGUUCGUGUCGUUCACUGGUGUGGACAACCAUAAACGAUGCAUCACUUUCAGGGCCGAUUUGCUGACUAAGGAAGAUGCUGACUUAUACAGCUGGUUGUUGGAGAAAUUUAUAAGUGCAUGA